AUGUCCGCUGUAUUCGAUGACAUAGACGUGUCUGACGAGAGGGUUAUCCUUACGUAUGCGGUGUUGGGCCCCUCCGCCUUGCCGGGGGAUGCCCUCUACCUCGAGGUCCGUGCUCGUAUCCGCCACUUUGAGCUAGAUGGAGGUCCAGCGUUCAUCAUUGAAUGGACAAGCUCGUCGGGCGACUUCAGUAGGCUGUCCUUCGAUGUCUGCGAAUCGGACGACGACGAGAAUCUUCCAUGGGAUGGUAACGUGGAUAGUCAGUCCCACAACGACGGAGCUCCGCAGGCCCUUGACCUACCUGGUACGCUCAACAUGUCGACGUUGCCACUCAAUGGCCAACUAUCGGAGAACGACUUGAGUGGCAAUGCGCGACUGCGAGGUGAGGACGAGUCGGACGCCGAAUAUGACCAGCAAGGUGGUACUGUUGGGCAAGGUACAGAUGUGAGGACUCCCGUGGGAGGGAAUGACGCACAUGACGACGGGAACACGGACGAAGGCAGUUCGCUCUUCGUAGACUUUCAGUAUGUCGUCGACAAUGAUGAAGAACUGAGCCAUGAACUCGACCCAGUUAUCUACAAUUACUUGUACGACCACUACCACGACAAGUUGGAAGGGGCGAAGGAAGUUUACGUUGUGCGAGUUCCUCAUGUGACAGAAGAUUUUUGGUCCCUCCGUCUCUUCGUCAAGAAGAAGGUUCAUGGCGAUCUGAAGAUGUACCUGACGAGCCCUCCUCUGUCUGUGUGCAGGGUGGCGACAUAUCGCGAGCGGACUGAGGCUUAG